AAAAUGUCAUCACCUGAGCAUAAAAGUCAUAGGCGUGAUAAAUUGUACAACCACAGAGCAAUUGCAUGGUUACAAGUGGAGCAAAAUGAGCAGUUGUUCUAUUAGAUUUUUUUUUCAUUGUGAUCAUCGAAUUUCUGUGUUCAAAACAAAAACCUAAUUGUACUGCAAGGAAAACCAAAUGGCAACCUCUCCCUCUAACAGCAUGGAAGAAGAAGAAGAAUACCAGCAGAAAUAUGCCAUGCAACUUGUGACUGCAUCAGUACUGCCUAUGGCCUUGAGAGCGUCGAUAGAGCUAGGAGUGUUCGAGAUCAUAGAGAAAGCUGGCCAGGGGGCCCUGCUCUCCCCUUCAUAAAUUGCCUUGCAAAUUGCUACUCUGGAUAACCCAGAGGCACCCUUUGUGCUAGAUCGAAUCCUCAGCCUUCUCGCUAGCCAUUGUAUUCUCACUUGCUCUAGUCAGGGUGGUCAGUUUCAUAGGCUAUAUGGUUUAGCACCUGUGGCCAAAUACUUCAUUAAGAACCAAGAUGGAGGAUGGUUGACUCCCUUUCUGAUGAUGAUUCAGGAUAAAUUCAUCAUGGAUAUUUGGUACCAUUUAAAAGAUGCAGUCGUCGAAGGGGGGAUUCCUUUUGACAGGGCACAUGGGAUAAACGCUAUGGAAUACAUGGGAAAGGAUGCAAGAUUUUCCCAAAUAUUCAAGGCUUCCAUGAGGGACUUCGACCCUCUACUUAUGCAGACAAUUCUUGAUAAAUAUGAUGGUUUUGUAGGUCUAAAAUCCUUGGUGGAUGUGGGCGGGGGAGAUGGUUCUAUCCUUAACAUGAUCCUUUCCAAGUAUCCUUCCAUUAAGGGUAUCAACUAUGAUUUGCCUCAGAUUAUAGAAAAGUCGCCCUCUUAUCCAGGUAUCGAGCAUGUUGCAGGAGAUAUGUUCAUGAGCAUCCCAAAAGGAGAGGCUAUUUUCAUGAAGUGGAUACUCCAUGGCUGGGAUGACCUAGACUGCUUAAAACUUUUAAAGAAUUGCUAUGAAACAUUGCCAAGUAACGGGAAAGUGAUAGCAGUGGACUUGGUCGUCCCAGCAGCUCCUGGAACUAGUGCUGCGGCGAGGUCCUUGUUACAGUCAUAUUUAUACAUGACAAGCAUGAACCCGAAGGGACAAGAAAGGACAGAGAUGCAAUUCCAAAGUCUGGCUAAACAGGCAGGGUUUUCACAUGUUCAAGUUGCAUGUUAUGCUUAUACUUUUUCAGUCGUAGAGUUCCAUAAAAUCAUAUGACUUUCAUAUAUUCAAGCCCCUCCUAAACAGUAAAUGAAACAAUUAUCUGAAUUCCAUAGUAUAGUUUGAGGAAGCACCUUUAGUGCAUUCCUUGUUGUAAGGAGUUGAUUACAUCCGGACUUCAAAAAUGCGAUUGUUGAAUGCAUUGCAAAUUCAACAGUUCGAAUUUAUGUAAUAUAUACCAGACAACUCCCCUGCAAUUAUUGGA